UUCAGUGACAAAAUUUAAAAACCGUACAAAAGUUUUCCAGAGGAAAUGGAUCCAAAAUUUUGCUUCAUGGGUUUGUGGAUUGCAAGCCCAUAUAUGACAACUGUGCAAUUUUUUUUUUUUUCAUUCUUUUUUAUUUUUCCAGAUCAUCGGUCCAACCAGCUGUAAAACCCUUUUCUGUUUCUUCUCACAGUCGGUGACAAAACCCAUCCCUGGUGCUGUGAUGGUUUGCUGAAGCCAUCGAUAUUGAGAAAUCUCUCCAACCUCGUUGUGAUUCGCUGAUGGUGGAUGGCCCAUUGACUGUAACACCCAACUCAAAAUCCAAACUUUGGUGAGUUUGGCUUGUCAACAAGAACUUGUUUUUGAACUUCGGGUUCACAGAAGUUGUAUACAAUCGCAGUCAAUAAGAGCUUGGCCUUGAAUCAUUAACCAGAGCGCACAUUUUCUUCAAAAAGUUCUAAUACAGGAUGUUACCAACAAUGUCCUUAGUAUCAAUCAUUUAUGGUGGAUAACAUUUUUGUCCUCAUGGUAUUGGUACCAGAAACCAUUAACUCACUUUUGCACCAUUCCUCCAAAGUCAAGGCGUUGCGACAUGGUCUUGCUUUUCAUGCUGCUGUCCUGAAGGCAGGCAUGCAAUCUGACAUUUGCACCUCAAACCAUGUCAUCAAUAUGUAUGCCAAAUGUGGCAACGUUAAAUCUGCCUGUCGAAUGUUUGACCAGAUGUUUGAAAAAAAUAUUGUUUCUUGGUCAGCAAUGAUAUCUGGUUAUGUCCAGGCGGGGCAGCACUUAAUGGCACUUGACCUAUUUUCUAAAAUGCAUCUUGUGCCUAAUGAAUUCAUAUAUGCUAGUGCUAUCAGUGCAUGUGCCAACUUGGUGGCAUUGUCACAGGGUCAACAGAUACAUGCUCAAGCGCUGCAAUUUGGCUAUGCAUCCAUAUCAUUUGUGUCUAACUCACUUAUAUCAAUGUAUAUGAAAUGUGGUCACUGCGAUGAUGCAUUAUCCGUCCAUGGGAGUGCCUCAGAGCAAAACACUAUCUCUUAUAAUGCUCUUGUUGGUGGGUUUUUAGAAAAUGAUCAACCGGAAAAAGGUCUUGAAGUCUUCAAACUUAUGCAACGGCGAGGUCUUGUGCCAGAUCGUUUUACUUUUGUGGAAGUUUUGGGGAUUUGUUCUAAUUCAAAUAAUUUGCGGACAGGCAUGGUGUUGCAUUGCCAAACCAUCAAGCGUACACUUGCCACUACCAAUUUUGUUGGUAAUGUGAUUAUGACAAUGUACUCCAAGUUCAAUCUCAUUGAAGAAGCUGAGAAAGUUUUUAGAUUGAUUCAAGAGAAAGAUGUGAUUUCAUGGAACACCCUUAUCACAGCUUGUUCUCAUUGCAAUGAUCAUGCUAAAGGCUUUUGUGUUUAUAAGGAGAUGAGAGAAAAUUAUGGUGUAAAGCCUGAUGACUUCACAUUUGCAAGUGUCCUUGCUGCCUGUGCUGGGCUGCCUUCAAUUCGCCAUGGGAAGCAGAUUCAUGCUUAUUUAAUCAAAACGAAACUGUCUCAAGAUGUGGGAGUUGAUAAUGCCCUGGUGUGUAUGUAUGCUAAAUGUGGUUCCUUCGGAUAUGCAUAUAAUGUAUUCAACAAAAUGCUUCAUCGCAAUGCUGUUUCAUGGAACACAAUCAUUGCUGGUUUUGGAAAUCAUGGGCUUGGAAGACAGGCCCUAGAACUUUUUGAGCAGAUGAAGGCAAUGGGGGUAAACCCAGAUUCUGUUACAUUUGUUGGAGUUUUAAUGGCUUGCAAUCAUGCAGGACUGGUAGAUAGGGGCAAAUCUAUCUUCAAUUCUAUGGAAGAAAUUUAUGGAAUUGCACCUGAUCUAGAACAUUUCUCAUGUCUUAUUGAUAUGUUGGGCCGGGCUGGGAGAUUAACCGAGGCAGAAGAGUACAUGAAAAAGUUUCCAUUUGGUCAUGAUCCAGUUGUUCUAGGAACCUUGCUUUCAGCAUGUCGGCUGCAUGGUGAUGUUGUGAUUGGGGAACGUUUGGCCAGAGAUCUUCUAGAACUUCAGCCUGUCACUUCAUCACCUUAUGUUUUAUUGUCAAACUUGUAUGCUUCAGAUGAGUUUUGGGAUGGUGCUGCAAGGGCAAGGAAGAUGUUGAAGAGUAGUGGAUUGAAGAAGGAGCCAGGCUAUAGUCUAAUUGAAGUGAAUGGAAGUUUUAAGAAAUUCACGGUGGGGGAUUACUCUCAUUCAAGGAUUGAAGAAAUAAGGGACACACUCAAAAGUUUAAGUUGUCCAGUUGGUGAAGUUUCAUUGAAUGACUUAACAUAGUCCUUUUAUAUGAAGGAACCAUGAUAUUCAUUAGAGUAUUGCACUUCAACAUGGAUAAAUGUUGUUACUCAUGUCUCAGGGCCCGAGCUUCAGUUGCAACUUGCUACUUGGUUUUCCAUAGGCCUGCACUUGUUUCUUCCCACUUGUAGUGCUGAAUUCUGUUUCAAGCCUGGCAACCUCCGGGCCACCUUUAAAUGAUGAGGAAGCACUGUCAAGCUUACAGGGUAUUCUGAAUUCUAAAGGUAAAUUUAGUCACCUCCUUGUUGUGGAAAACUGUGAAGUGAAUGCAUAUUGGGGAUGAUGAUUGAGCAGGGGAGGGCAAAUGCUGUUGCAGUUGAAUGUGAUUCGGAUUUAUUUUCUUGGAAUGGGAAUAAGCCUUCACUGGCAUGAGUAAGUGACAACUCCACCUUGUUCUACCACUGGCCGCUUCUGUGCUGCAGGCGUCAAGCCUUCAUUUUUUACCAUUUGGAGUCAAUGAAAGCUACAUGUAAAGGUUCUGAUAAUGACGCAGAUUAAUUCUUGUCACCCAAUGCAGCUGAGCCUUCCACGUGCAAGAAACAUGCCUCCUAAAUGUCUAAAAAAUAAAGAUUAGGGAUUGUUGAUGCAUUAUUUAUGAAAUUUGAAGGGUUACGAUGCCAAAAAUAAAAAGCUGGAAAAGUUUUGUAUGGCUUUAGUGCAAAAAUCUCUACAAUUUUAAAUUGAUUAAUGCUAUGGAUACCAAGACAUUUAUAAAUAUAAUAUGGCAAGAUGACGUGUUAUUUUAA